AUGUCAAACGAAUGUGUUCAUAAUCAUGAAGAAAGGGCUAUAUCAGGUACUUGGGUGAUAGAUGAAAUUUUAAAAGCUUUAGAAAAAGGUUACAAAAUGAUUGAAAUAUACGAAAUUUGGAAGUAUGAAACUGUCCAGUACGACCACAAUACUAAAACAGGUGGUUUAUUUCCAGAAUAUAUUUCCAAUUUUUUAAAAAUUAAACAACAGGCCUCGGGGUGGCCUGCGGAUUGUAAGUCUAUUGUGGAGAAAGAAAAAUAUAUCACAGAGUAUUUUGACAAGGAAGGAGUUUCUUUAUGUGCUGACGAAAUUGAAUAUAACCCAGGUCGUAGACAGAUAGGAAAAAACCCUCUAAACUCUAGACUUAUUUAA